AUGUCUUUUUUCACAGAACCAAUAUCAAGAUUGAAAUGGGGGAUUUUCCCAACUAGAAGAAUUGUCGAUGAAGAUGAACAUGGAAAUUUCAUAGAUCCAGACACUAUCAUUGCUGAUUCCUCUUUAGCUCCUCCUUCUUCCGAUGAUGUUGCAUCUUCAGAUGAACAUUCUGGUUCACAGGAAAAACUUGAAAGUAAAGAAGCUACUCAAUUAAUAUCAACAACAACAACAACACCCAAGGCUACUCCUGUGGUGUUAGAAUAUCGUGAUGAAAAAAAUCGUCCAUGGUGGAAAUUUUUCGAUGAAUAUGAAUAUCGAGUCACUAGUAAUGUGAAAUCAAAAAGAAAAUGGUAUAAAUGGUUUCAUGAAGAUGAUACACCUGAAGAACGUCGAGUGAUUAUGAAAAUUGAUAUUUUAUUAACAUUAUAUUCUUUAGCGGCUUAUUUUGUUAAAUAUCUUGAUCAACUGAAUUUAACUAAUGCUUAUAUUGGAGGAAUGCAAGAAGGUCUUGGUAUGAAAGGUAAUGAUUUUGUUAAUACCGGUGUGAUGUUUUCUGUUGGUAAUAUCAUUUUCCAAAUUCCAUUCAUGUAUAUUGUUUAUGCUCUUCCCUUGAAUUAUGUUUUACCUGCAUUAGAUUUAGGUUGGUCGAUUUUGACAAUUUGUUUAUAUCGAUCAGGUAAUGUUCAUGGAUUAAAAGCUCUUAGAUUUUUCAUUGGAGCUUUUGAAGCACCUUCAUACCUUGCUUAUCAUGCAUUAUUUGCUUCAUGGUUUAAAGGAAGUACCGGAGAAAUUGCUCGUCGAGCCGGGUUUUAUUAUCUUGGUCAAUAUCUUGGAGUUCUUACAUCGGGGCUUUUAUCAGGUGCUAUAGUUAGACAUUUAGAUGGUGCUGCUGGUCAUGCUGCAUGGCAAUGGAUUUUUAUUAUCGAUGGGAUAAUUUCUGUUGUUAUUGGUAUUAUUGGAUUUUAUAUGAUUCCGGGGACACCACAAGAUUGUUAUAGUAUUUUCUUGAGUGAUGAAGAAAUUAGAAUUGCAAGAAGAAGAAUGAAAGCUGAUCAAAAAGAUUCUAAACCAAGAGAAAAUGCCGUUAAAUAUUUUUUCAAUAAAGAUAUUUGGAAAAAAAUUUUUAGUUCAUGGCAUUUUUAUGUUUUAUCAUUAUGGAAUAUUUUUUGUUGGAAUAAUUCAAAUGCUGGAUCUGGUGCUUAUGCAUUAUGGUUAAGAACUCUUAAAGAUAGUGCUGGCAAUUUAAGAUUCACCGGUGGGAAAUUACAAGAUUAUACUGCUUUAACACCUGGUUUAGGUUUAAUAUGGUUAAUUUUAGCAAGUACUUUUGCUGAUUUAUUGGGAUCUCGAUGGGGGGCCAUAUUAUUUACUCAAGUUUUCAAUAUCCUUGGUAAUGUAUUAUUAGCAGUUUGGCAUAUUCCAGAAAGAGCAAAAUGGUUUGCUUGGUGUAUGCAAUAUUUCGGUUGGGCCAUGGCUCCAGUAUUAUAUUCCUGGCAGGGGGAUAUAUGUCGAAGAGAUAUUCGUGAACGACAAGUGGUUUUAGUAUCAAUGAAUAUUCUUGCUCAACAAUCAACAGCAUGGAUUGCUGUACUUGUUUGGAAAACCGUUGAAGCACCAAGGUUUUUAAAAGGUUAUACUUUUACUGCCUGUAGUGCUUUUGCCUUGUCGGUUUGGACUAUGGUGGUAUUAUGGCUUUAUAAACGUGAAGAAAGAGAAAAUGCUAGAGCUAAUGGUAUUAUUCUUUACGAUUCUUCAAAAGAAGAUUUAGAACAAGUACAAGUACAAUUACAAGCUGAAGCUAAUUCAAUAAAUUCUAAAUCUGAAAAAUAG